GGUGUGGAUGGACACAAAUCCCUUGGAAAAAGUCGCGGCUGUGAGAAGUUUUGCUUUCUUUUUGUCGCCAGUCAAACAUUAGGAGGAUGUUCUGUCUGUUUAUGACGAAGAGAAGGCUGCGUUUCCAUGAUGGCGACAACAAAACAGCUGCUGUUCCCCUGACAUGACAGCAGAGCCCCCAACCUCAGGAGAGAAAGUUUCCGCAGCAACUUUUCUAAAAACUAUUUCAGUUAUUAACAUUCGGAGAAAAAGAAAACAACCGUAACUAUGGCCAACUUCGCUUCUGUUUCCAUUCGGGUAUUUGUUUUCAGCUUCUUCUUUGGUGCGUUUAAAUGUCAGUUUUCAAUCCCUUUGAAAAUGUACCCGGGGAAGUUUAAUUUAUCAUCCGGGGCGAACUCGUCCUCAGUCCGGGUUCUGGCGCUGAAGUCGGAUGGAGACGGCCUCUCUCUGGCCUCUGAUCCCAGCGGGACUGUCAACUUUCUGGACAUGGUCAAUAAUCUACAGGGGGACUCAGGUAGAGGCUACUACAUAGAGAUGUCCAUUGGCACGCCUGGCCAAAAGCUCAACAUCCUGGUGGACACAGGCAGCAGCAACUUUGCUGUGGCUUCGGCUCCACACCCAUACAUUACUCGCUACUUCAACACUAAGCUCUCCACUACCUACCAGUCAACUAGUCGCUUAGUAGCUGUCAGAUACACACAAGGCAACUGGGAGGGCGAGCUGGGAACGGACCUCGUCACCAUCCCAAACGGACCAAAUGGAACCAUCGCUGUUAACAUUGCAUCCAUCCUAUCAUCUGACAGCUUCUUUUUGCCUGGGAUCAACUGGCAAGGCAUUCUGGGGCUGGCCUACCCUAUGCUGGCAAUGCCGGACUCCUCUGUGGAGCCGUUCUUCAACUCGGUGGUGAAGCAGCUGGGAAUCCCCAACACCUUUUCUCUCCAAAUGUGCGGAAAUGGAUUGUCAACCAGCAGCGUGGUCGACCCUCCUGCUGGCAGUCUUAUAAUGGGUGGGGCUGAACCAACUCUGUAUCGGGGGCCGAUUUGGUACACCCCUAUUGUAGAGGAGUGGUACUACCAGGUGGAGGUGUUGAAGCUGGAAGUUGGAAAUCAGAAUCUGAAUCUGGAUUGUAAAGAGUAUAACUCAGAUAAAGCCAUAGUUGACAGCGGGACAACGCUGCUGAGACUUCCUGCCAAUGUCUUCAGUGCGGUGGUGGAAGCCAUCACAAGCAGCUUACCGAUCGAUAAUUUUUCUGCAGGGUUCUGGGAGGGCACCAAACUCGCUUGCUGGACAAAGGGUGAAACCCCCUGGGAGUUUUUCCCAAAGAUCUCAAUCUACCUAAGAUCCACCAACUCUAGCCAGUCCUUCCGCAUUACUAUCCUGCCUCAGCUUUACAUCCAACCAAUCGGAGACUUGGAGGACUUGGACUGCUUCCGUUUUGGCGUAUCUUCCUCGGCUAACGGAUUGGUGAUUGGAGCCACCGUUAUGGAAGGUUUCUAUGUGGUGUUCGACCGCGCCCAGAGGAGACUGGGCUUCGCUCUCAGCAACUGUGCAAUGAGUAAUGGAGUGGCUGUUUCGGAGAUCGCUGGGCCCUUCUCAGCAGAAGACGUCGCAGCAGAUUGCUCCGGCCGCGUUCUGAAGCCGCCCGUCCUGUGGGUGAUCUCCUACGCCCUGGUGGCGGUCUGCGCCCUGAUCCUCAUCAUCCUGCUGCUGCUGCUGCUCCUGCCCUGCAGGCGUGGUGACCGUGGGGAGAUCACAGAUGAGUCCUCGCUGGUGCGCCACCGCAUCAAGUGACUGCGGGGAAACGGACGGGCAAGCGCGGUCAAAGGGCUGGAGAACAACGGACAGAGCCCGUCCAUAGCUGUGGAGUAGGGGGAGGGAGGUCUCUCCCGAUCGCCACGCCGACUGCCUGACAAAACGUCAUCAGCUUCACCCAUGGAGGUAGACAAAAAGACAGAUAAGCUGCCUCUCAAAGGGAAAUUCCACUCAGAAAACGCCUCCUGAAAACUUCCUAAAACCGCUGCUAGAGCUGAACGGAUGUGUCUCAGCUUUUUCCUCGGUGGUUUAUUUUUCUUUUUCCCAAUCAAAUAAGUGGAGCAUUGUCUAGAUAAGAAGAUGAUGCACUGACCAUAGCUUGGAUUAACCUGAAUGCACUGAAGCCUUGUGGUUGUUUUGUUUUUUCCUUUGCCCCUAAUGGGAAGAGGAAUUCACUUGAUGAAGGUAUUUGACUAAGUUCAGGACAUAACAUAUAAAGCUCUACCAAAUUAUAAAAAAAGAUAAA